AGCCACUCACUGAUUUGACUUUUGUGUGUGGAGAAAAAAUGACUUUUCCUUUGAGAAAGUCCACUUCAGAGCCCCAGCUGAAGGGGAUUGUGACGAAGCUGUACAGUCGACAAGGCUUCCACCUGCAGCUGCAGGCCGAUGGAACCAUUGAUGGAACAAAGGAGGAGGACAGUGGUUACACCACGUUCAACCUCAUUCCAGUGGGCCUUCGAGUGGUGGCCAUUCAGGGGGUGCAGACCAAACUCUAUCUGGCUAUGAACAGUGAUGGCUAUCUCUACACAUCGGAACACUUCACGAAUGAUUGCAAAUUUAAGGAGUCAGUGUUCGAGAACUACUACGUGACGUACUCUUCCAUGCACUACCGGCAGCAGUCAGGCAGGGGCUGGUACCUCGGUCUGAACAAGGAGGGAGAAAUCAUGAAGGGAAACCACGUCAAAAAGAACAAACCAGCAGCCCACUUCCUUCCCAAACCUCUCAAAGUGGCGAUGUACAGAGAGCCAUCCCUCCACGAUUUGUCAGAGUUUUCCCGCUCUGGCAGCGGCACACCUACCAAGAGUCGGAGCGCCUCAGCUGUCCUCAACGGAGGCAAAGCUGUGAGCCAGAACGAGUCGACGUAGCCCGGUAGCCAAACCCAGGCCAGGGGCCGAACCAUGAAACCUUACCUCUUGCAGAGCGUGAAUCCAAGCAGACUUCUGAUCUAUGGUUCAGGGCUAGCUACAACAAUCCACACAUAAAACACCCAGAUGCCAUCAAUACAAACUGUUAGAGUCCAUCCUGGUCAGUAUUCAUCCAGACAGCAUUUAUAGCAAGAAACGAUACAGCACACAGGUCAUUUUUGACUAAAACAAAAGCUAAUUAGAAAUUAGUUUUGGGUUUACUGUUUUUUUUAUUAUUGGUAACUCUUUUUUGGUAAUGUUUGCAUACCAGGUAACAUCUUAUUUUACUUUUUAUGACAUUAUUUUAAUGAGUUCUUUCGGUCAUGAAGACACAUGCAACAGUCAGACAGGGGCAGGAAGUGAGAUCUGCAGGUGUUCAAGGCAGCCAGUGAUGGUGCUCGUGAGGGUGCAGUAAAAGGCCCUGAUCUCCGUCUCAUUCAUACUCCUGUGAAUGCAAAGCCUAUAAACUCCCUGGCGUGGCGCAGCCUUGUCCUACUGGCCAGCCAGAUGGUAGCUCUCCCGUGUCCUAGUGCACACGCUCAAAGACUGAGCUCUUUAGCAUGGGAAAAUGAAGCCUAUGUUCAAAUGACCUGCAACGUAAAGGGCAGCGUGGCUUUCUUGCAGUUUUAUCCAUUGAUUUUACUCUUUUGUGUCAGAGAUGCCACAGCUGUUCCUGGUUUUUAGCUAUUUUUCUAAAUUGGCUGAGAGUUGUUUAUUUAAUAACCAGUUUUGUUUUAGUCCCCUCUUGUUCUUUGCCCUUGUCAUUGUAAAUUAUCUGUUUUUAUUUAUUUUUAUAUCAUUUCUAAGAUGGAUUCCAGCAAACCAAAGACCGAUUGAAAGAGUGUCCCUUUAAGCUGCUGAAAAACAAGCCAACAUACAGUAACAAACAACGAGGGUGUCUUUUCCCGCUGUACAGUUUUGAUGAAGAGGAGCAAGGGUUUUAUGGAAAAAAGAAAAAAACUGAAAUAAAAAAAUAAAAAAAGAUGGCUGUAGGAUGUAAUGGUAGCAGCAGGCAUGAUGUUGUGCUUUUAUCUGAUAACGCUCAAUGAUGGAAGAACGGAACAACUUAUCAGUGUCCCCAUUUCCUUCUGUUAUCACUGUGUCUUUUGCUCUUGUCCUCGUGAUUCGUUUCCUAUAUCUGUGUUUGUGUCAUACCUCAAUUCUUUUUUGUACACUUCUAUUGGAUGACACAGCUCACCAUAAGAAUAUGGUGAAAGCCUGUUCCCAGGAUGCUUGUUAUGUGUUUGAGUAACUUCUUGUGGUGACAUUUUCUAUAUGGGGAAUAAAAGGAAUACUGUGGACUUUUAGGUGGCUUAACAUUUUAUAGCAAACAUCAUAUUUAUAAAAGUGAGAAAAAGUCAAAAAUAUAUAAAAAUGUAAACAUCUUCCCUUUCUUGCACAGGGCAUGUACACAAAUAUGUACAAAAAGGACCCUCUUUGUGGGCUACGUACUCUUUCCUUCAGCUACAUAACUUAUUUCUGGUACAUGCUUUUGAAAGACCUUCUUUUCUUGGUUUUCUCUGGAGGUGCAUUCGUUUUGGUGGAACUAUCUGUUGCAUGGGAGAACGCAGGGAAAUACUGGACUAGAGCUGCAUGAUGUAGGCAUUGUGUAUUACCCAUGUUGGAUCAUGUGUUCCAAACCAUCAGGCUAAAUCUGAUAAAAACAACAAAUACAGGCAGAUGCUGCGGCUGCCUGAUGACUUCCAGUUGUUUAUUAUUUGUUGUAUACACAAAAAU